AUGGCCCCCACUAUCUACCAAAUGGAAACGGCCCAGAAGCUCUACAAAAAAGUUGACGGCCAGCCACCAGUUCAGCCACCAAUCGACGAAAACUUCCGCUUGGCCACGCUGGACCCAGAGACGGACUGCUUUGCCGGAUACGGAUGCGACAAUCACUACAAGAUACUGGGCGUCGUCGUUAUUGCCCUGCUGGUGUGCCUCGUCUACACCGUGCUCUACGCACUCAGGCGCCGAUGCUGCUCUCCUUCCGGGAUAUUCCUUGUCCAGCCGGCUGAUGGUGACCAGCAAAAACUUCUCGACAAUGAGAGACUCCCCGUAUCUGUCGAAGAAGAUGAGGAUGGCGCCAAAAAUGUUGUUCGCGUCAUCGAGACGACCGAGAUUGAUGAGAUCGGGCUCUGCAACCCUUCACAUACCGAUGAAGCCGAUGCGGGCAACAAGCUAUUCAUCUCCCAUGGCGUCGAGACUGAAACAUUAGUUAACGCGCAGACAUUUUAUCAACUUGUCUACUGGCCGGUCGUACAGAAGCGGAUGGGCGACGUCGAAUGCAGCACGUCCGGGAACGUCAGAUUGCGCAAGGGUUACAUCUUCGGAAAGCGAUGGAUUGUUGGAGUGAAGCUCGGUGAAGGCGGCUGCGGUACCGUUUACAAAGUCAGCGAUAAGAAGACUGGUGACAAGUUUGCUUUGAAGACCGAGUCAAACAAUAUCGAAGGAGGAAGUGUUCUGAAGCUAGAGGCGCAGGUGCUACGCAAGCUGGAGGGCAAGCUGCAAUUUCCGCAAAUCCGUUGGGCGGGCAAGCGCACCAAGUUUUCGUACGUCGUCAUGACGCUGCUCGGUGACAGCCUCCAUUACCUGCUCAGGCUGCAUGGCUCCCGGGUCAACACGGUCUCCACCCAGAUUCGCGUGGGCAUCCAGCUGCUUCAUGCCUUGAAGAUGAUGCAUGAUGCCGGUAUCGUUCACCGUGAUGUCAAGCCCGCCAACCUCGCGAUGGGGCAUCAAGACGGACCCCAGGCCCACAUUCUGCACAUCCUCGAUUUUGGCCUUGCUCGAGACGGCACCUCCCGCUACUGCUCCAUUAAUACCCACAAGAAAGGCGAGCAGGGCCGCGCUGAUGAUUUGUGGUCGAUGAUCUACUUGAUGGCCGAAAUGCGAUGCUCGCUUCCAUGGGCUCGGAUGCAGGAAAAGAAAGAUGUGGAAAUCUGCAAGGAGAAUACCAGCGACGACGAUCUUUUUCCAAGGCUCCUCUCCAAAGUCACGGCCCAUCUGCGAACCCUCGGCUAUUACGACCGCCCGGACUACCUUUACAUUUAUCGCAUUUUCAACCAGAUUCGAAUUGAUGAGAAAAUCAAUUACGAUGAUCUAUACGACUGGGAAGAGGCGGUCAAAGGCGAACCGGCGCAGCACAAGGACUCUGAAAAGGUGGAGCGCGAGAUGCAUGCCGCCACAAAAGACCAACCGCCAUCCAGACAGGUUGGGGAGGCAUCUUCGACCAGUGUCUCGGAAAACUCGACCGAGGCUUCGAAGACGGCGAGCAAUGAGAAGCUGACAAAAGAGGAUGAGUUGAACCUCUCGGACACGCAGGACGACCCGGAGAUGUGGGGCGAAUUCCCGGUCGAGGACUAUGCCCGCGAUCCACUGGCUCGC